AUGUUUUCUCCUAUUCUCAGUGGGUUGUACAUGUUGGGGAUUUUCAGUAUAGGCAAAGAGAUCAUUCUAGACAGCAAGUCACAUGAUGUUAUUAGAGAAGAUAUACAGAACUGUAAGGCAGACGACCUUUGCUGUGUGCCGGGAGCCGAUGACUGUUUAAUUGCUGGACUAGAUAUGGAAAAUGUCUGUGAUAAAGUGAACAAGUCAGGGACCAAAACAAAAGCUGUUGUAUCUCAUGAUGCUGGGAGGUAUCUAUGUGACUUUUCCUACUUCACGUCACUACAUAUCAACAGAAACCGCACAGCAUUUAUCCACGUACCACCUCUAGGUCAACCAUACAGUAUAGAGGAACUGGUUGAAGCCCUCAGAGUCGCUAUCCUCGGCAUGUUGGAGCAAGCUGAUAGACAUUCAUGAUGACGUCUGCUUCGAGAUGAUGUCGUCUGCUUUAUUCUUAUGUUGUCUGCUUCAUUGAUGAUUCAUGAUCUAUUAUCACUGAUGUUCUCAAAUUUGUAAUUGUUUCAGUGGUUUUAAAACUGAAUUUGGAGAUCAGUCAAAACUUCAGCAGCUGAUUGGUGACUGGUCACCAAAUUCAGCUUUAUAACCUUGUUUAUUACACGUUUUUCAGUGAAUUUUUGAAAUAUUAGAGUGAAAUAUGCUGUAUAUCUGGUAUCUUCACAGUGAAAAAUGUCCAACGUAGUUUUCACUGGUAAGAAACUAUAAAAUGGGUAAAUUUAGUCAAAACACACAUGACCACCAUAUCUUAAAAUAUUGCAUCUGUUGUUUACUUGUGAAAGAUAUUUCAAUCUUACACUGAACAAAUGUCCUAGGUAUUUUUGGCCAAUUUUUUGUGUGUUUUGAUGUUAAAAAUGGCAGUAUAACAGACAUACAUGUGAUAAGGUCAGAAUCCCAAAACUGGAGGGUUGCUCUUUUCAGCUGGAGUUGGGGUCUCAAAACUUGAGGUUUUGCUUUGAACGUUUGAACGUAAUUUCUUAUUAUCAGUAUACACUGCCGAUGCAUUUUUAUACGCUAAGGGACGUAUUAUGUUAUACCCACCACUGGCAUCAGACCAGAAAGAAAAUGCCUCUGU